GUGAUAACUCUUAGACUUCGCCCGUCUUCUGCUCAGACGGUCAGGCCAGACACGCGGAGGCCGCCUACAGGAUCCAGUGCCACAAUUCCUUCACGUGGCAGCGCUGGCGAUCGUCUCCAGGGGGGUCCGAGGCAACUCCACCCGACGUCCUCCUUGCAGACGCGCCUGCUAACUGCUAAUGCCGCUGCAUGGCAUGGCGGAUGCCACCUGGCAUCCGUCCAUCCCACGCUCCUUGCUCAGAGGAAUGAGUCCCAGCCAGUCAGACGCCCUGGAAUUUGGCAGGCCUGGAGCCGGCCUUGCUGA